AUGGCUAACUCCCGGCCCAAUGAGAUUCUGUUUGUCUUUCAUGGACAGAAACAGUCGAAGCGCAAUCAGGAGCUGCAGGAUGCUCGACGACGCGCGCACGCAGCUCGACAAUCGGCCAGGAAGAACAGGGAGUUGACGGCAGACGUCAAAUGUGUCAGCCAUGAAGAAACUCCGGACACGCCGCCGGUCUUGAAGAGACCUAUGAGAGGACCGGUCAGACGAUAUCCCACCUUACCAUCGAUAGAAACGCUUCUGGGACGUGAUGCAUCAGGACAGUCCUCAGGGCCGACCCUAUCGCCCCUCAGCAUCCUCUCUCAAGACAAGACAGAUCCCUUCCAGACUACGGUCGUUGGCACGCUUCCCACUGUGUUGCAGCGAUAUUUGCAUGAUGCACAAACCAUGAUAUGGCCUUCACUGGUUCCCUUGGUCCCCCACGACCAGGCAGCCCAUUUCUAUCGCCGUUCCCCAGUUGACUCGCCUUCCGAGAUCGACUACCAGAUUGAUGCUGCUGCUGCAAUCUCACUUCAGUAUCUCCGCACAAAAGAUCCGACAUUGCAGAGCCAAAUCAUGGCGGCUGGAAAGAAGCACCGCAACCGCUCCAUCACAUGGCUGAACGAGAACAUCGCUAAUGCCUCCGGACCACCCGCAUCUAAUGUGGUUGCCGCGCUGUUGUCUUUGGUUUCCCAUUCUGGUCUCAGGGAACCGUUCAGCUACAGCCGAUAUCGGCAGUCACCCAUGCUAAUGGGCGAGUUCUCCUCACUAUUCGGUGCCAGUAGGGUCCUGCCAGAGGACAUGAAGUUUCUCUACCAGGUUGUAGAGCUCAAAGGCGGCGAGGAAUGGGUCGGCUGCGACACCAUUGACCAAGACCUGCCGCUACGGCUGAUGCUCAACCAUUUUGACAUCUUUGUGGCGACCCGGAGAGGUACGCAGCCCAUGUGGCACGCCAUCGCCGCUGUCCCCGCCCCAGUCAUGGAAAAAUAUAGCAAAUCGCCCGUUGUGCGCGGCCGCAGCCCGACUCGCUUCGCUAUUCUCAGCAACACCUCCCUCCGCGAAGCAGUCCUUAGCGUCCGUACUUCUGUUAAAAUGCUGGAUCUGUACGUGAGCAAUGCUCCGGCUGCACCAAGUUUUCAACUCCUCGUGCACAUGCGCAUGAUCGCCCAGCUGCAGCUGCUCGAACUGUACCCGGCAAAAGAUCAUCCGCCCAAACUGCAUGGCAUUGACGCUGUAGCCCACCCUGCGGCACUAAUCUUCAAUGACCUUGUCUUGUUUGUUCUGCCUCCCGCGUCAGGGACGCGGCCGCGACUGCUAGAAGAGCUGAAACGCGCGCUCAUGGCACUCCCAUCAAUGACAUCAUCCACAACUUCUUCCGAGGAGGAAAUGAAACUACGACUGUGGGCACUGCUUAUGCUCGGCUGCGGUUCCAUAACAUGGGGCCUGGCCGAUGAGUUUUGUGUUGAGGAAUUGAGUCAGCAGCCCUUCAUCCCCGCGGAGCAAGCCAACUGGCCGAGCGUGAAAGAGGCAAUAGCCGGUUUCCUGUGGUGGGAUCGUGUCCUCGAGACGCCGGCAUACGAUGUCUGGAUGGAGGCCGUGAGCAGACGGCGUGCGCGAAAUCGGAGCCCCAACCAUGGUAGUGCGAGCUAA